GAUGUGUCGUUCAAUCUGCUGAUUCAAAAUAAUGGCUGACAAGCGGUGAAGUAUUUGACUUGAAAUAGCCUGUGAGAAAUAACCUGUUAGAACUAACAUGUGUCUUUGUUAGAGCGUAGUGCUGGAAUGGAUAGGUGAUGUGAUAAGUGUGUUUUGUAAGAGAGAAACCAGCUGUAAAGCGGCCUUUUAGCUGCUAAAAUGAGCGAUGUUGUGGAAAAGACGCUGACAGCUCUGCCGAGCCUCCUCUCGUUGGAUUCCCAGCCAGGGUCAGCAAAACUGUCCUCGAGCUCUAAACUAGGACAUCUAAUAAGGGGAAUUACUGAACUAACGUCUAAACAUGAAGAGGAAAAACUUAUUCAGAGUGAACUGUCAUCCAUUAAAGAACAGGUGUCCUCUCCCAAUGCUACCAUGAGACAGAUGAAAGAGCUCAUGGUGAGAACAAUCUACUGUGAAAUGCUGGGCUACGAGGCUUCGUUCAGCUACAUUCAUGCCAUUAAACUAGCCCAACAGGGCAAUGUUCUGGAGAAAAGAGUUGGUUACCUUGCAGUUUCGUUGUUUCUAAAUGAAAGUCAUGAGCUGCUUCUCCUCCUGGUAAACACGGUGUUAAAGGAUCUUCAGAGUACAAACCUUAUUGAAGUUUGCAUGGCUCUCACAGUUGUCAGCCAGAUGUUCCCCAAAGAUAUGAUUCCUGCUAUUCUUCCUCUGGUGGAGGAAAAGCUUAAUCACCCCAAAGAAAUCAUUCGGCGAAAAGCAGUCCUGGCGCUGUAUAAAUUUUACCUGAUAGCACCAAAUCAAGUUCAGCACAUCCACAACAAGUUUCGGAAAGCUCUCUGUGACAAGGACCCGGGUGUGAUGUCAGCUUCACUACACAUCUACUUUCAGCUGAUCCAGGAGAAUCCAGAAGGUUAUAAGGACUUGACAGCAAGUUUUGUCACCAUACUGAAGCAGGUGGUGGGAGGAAAGCUGCCCAUGGAUUUUAAUUAUCACAGUGUUCCUGCUCCAUGGGUUCAAAUGCAGCUUCUCAGAAUACUCUCCUUACUCGGGAAAAAUGACCAAAGCAUGAGUGAGAUCAUGUAUGAGGUCCUUGACGAGUCUUUACGAAGAGCAGAGAUGAACCACAACAUCACCUAUGCUAUUUUAUAUGAGUGUGUAAAAUGUAUUUACACAAUUCAUCCUAAAUCUGACCUUUUGGAAAAAGCUGCUAAAUGCAUAGGCAACUUUGUUUUGUCACGGAAGAUCAAUCUAAAGUAUUUAGGCCUGAAAGCCCUCACAUAUGUGGUCCAGCAGGAUCCGAAACUGGCCCUGCAGCAUCAGAUGACCAUCAUAGAGUGUCUUGAUCACCCUGAUUUCAUUAUCAAGCGGGAGACACUGGAGCUGCUCUUUCGGAUUACUAAUGGUCAGAAUGUCACAGUCAUCGUUGAGAAGAUGCUGGAUUUUCUGCGCACCAGUGAAGAUGAUUACACGACCACUGAUCUGGUUGGAAAGGUGGCAGAACUGGCAGAAAAAUAUGCACCAGACAAUGAAUGGUUCAUUGAGACUAUGAACACUGUGUUUUCAAUUGGUGGAGACAUGAUGCUACCAGACAUCCCCAACAGUUUCCUUAAGCUGCUUUCUGAAGGAUUUGACAGUGUGGAGGAAGACUGGAAGUUGAGACUCUUUGCUGUGAAUUCAUAUGUUUCUCUUCUGCAAGGAGAGCCCAGCAAACUGCCACAGCGCUUCCUCCAAGUCAUCUGUUGGGUCCUCGGGGAAUACUCUCAUCUGAGGGAGGAUCUUGAACCAGACAUAGUCCUGAGGCUGCUGGCCAAGCUGCUGGACAUGAAGAGCAGCAGCAUUGAAACUAAGAGUUGGGUCCUCAUGGCAAUGACCAAGCUCUGUUCAGGUGGAACAGCGACCUCUGCAGCUCAGGAGGUUUCUGAAACAUACAGCAGCUCCUUGGACACGAUGUUGAGACAACGUGCACAUGAACUGCAGUACCUCAGCCAGAACUUAGAGCUACAAGCCAGGGUGUUACCUCGAAAUGACUACCCUAAGCUUGUGGAGGUGGAUUCCUCGCUGUCUUUUCUGGAUGGAUUUGUGUCGGAAGCGUUAGCUGCAGGCGCUGCACCUUACAAGCCUCCUCAUCAAAGGCAAGAGGAACUCUCUCGAUCAAAAGCACUGAGUCUGGAGCCCUAUGGCCUGUCACUGCCCAUCAGCAUGUCUUCCUGCAGCAUUGCAGAGAGGCAGUCUCCCACACUGUUGUCCAUUAGCUCUGGUUUGUCAGGCGACAGCACUGAUCUCUCACACAAAGGAGGUUCUACAACUUUAAAGCUGGAUGGUGUGAAAAGGGUGUGGGGGAGAGAGGGCUACUUGAUCCAGAAAGAACCUGUAGAGGAAGCUGCCCAGGUUGAGGAUCCCAGUCCACUCCAGUCUCCCAGCCAUCAGGGCGACGGAGACGUCUCACACAGUAAAACUUCAACUUCCACACCAACCCCUGAGUGCGACCAAGAGAAACAGCAGCUGGCCUCCUCCCUUUUUGUCGGCCUUUCCUCCCAGAGCUCAGUGUGUCUGAUGGGAAAAUCUGAGCCAACUCCCCAGCGAUUCAGAAGAAAAGCGAAAGGACCCAGCACACCCUCGACUACCAGUGAGACAACUUCCAACCAGCUCGUCUCACCUUCUACUGCUGUAGACAACCUGCUGUGUAACAACCUGCUGGACUCCAGCAUCACCUCAGAGCUGGAUGUUUCCUCAACUCAACUCUCUGAGGGCUUCACUACUGCUAAUGGCCCCUGUGAUGCAGAAUUAGAGUUAACUGACAGUGACAUGAAAGGAAGUGACCCUGCUGUCAAAGGAGGUGAUGAUCAGGAGGUAGCAGCUGACCCUGCUCCACAUGAAGACCCAAACCGACAUAAAGACUUGUGUCUCACCUCUCAUCUUCCUGCAGAGUUGUCUGGACUUUUUCAUUCAGAAAUCACACCUGUAUGCACCAACCAAAGCCUGGAUGUUUCAGCCUGUCAUGUGCACAAAGAGGAUUCUUUGGUGCUUGUUGUUUUUAUUGCCAACUCCACCAAUUCGGCCAUUCGGCAGUUACUAGUGCAAAUCAUAUCUGAAGAACUUGAGGUAUCCUGUGUAUGUGACAGUCCAGUGGAGGAGGUGAGAAGCCAUGGUGUAGCAGUGUGUCACUAUUCUCUAACUGUAAAAAGGCCUUCAGUUCACUUUGAACUGGUUGGGAUAGUAUCUUACCAGCUGCCAGCCGAGACUCCUCAGACAGUACAGUUCUCAUACAAACUUCCUCUAACAAGCUUCAUCAGACCUUUAACAGUGUCCACAGAGGAGUACGGAACAUUGUGGCUGGCCUUUUCUCAUGACACUAAGCAGAAUCUAACGCUGAUGAGUGAUGACCAGCAGCCUCUUGUAGCCACUCUGAAUGUCCUGAAGAAGAAACUUCUGCUUCAUGUUGUGGAAAUUAUAGGUGAGGAAGGUAUUGUUGCUUGCCGUCUCCUUCAAGAUCAGCCGUGCCUCAUGCACUGUCGUGUGCAUGCUGGCAUGCUGGCUGUGUGGCUGCGCUCUUCAGUUGCAGACUUACCUGACUGCCUGCUGUAUCACUGUCAGAGAGCCUUACAGGAGCACUGAGCCACUGAACGGCUACAUGACCAGGCCCUCAACCACUGCAGACAGAGGUACACGGAGCAGCUUGAGAUUUCUGCUGCUGUGAUUUCAUGUCUUCAUUUUCCUGUCCAUACUGUUAAUCUGUUUCUUUCUUUUUAAGUUAUUUAGUGGGCCUUGGUUUCAUUUAUAAGACUUGUGUUGUUUAACUUGAAUUAUUUUUAGUUUUUUGCGCAUCUACAAGUUAUUAAAAAUCAUGGCAGAUAAAAAAGCUCAGGACUAAAGUUAGUAUGUUUUUUAAACAUCAUUGUCUUAAAAAGAUGACAGGAAUGCAUAAUGACUCAUAAGUUGUCUGAUUUUUGUGUGUUGAAUAAUGGUGGUUUACCUUGUAUUUAUACUGGUUUUUUUGUUUGUUU